GGGAGGAUUGGCGGGGCGAGAGACCGCGGGAGCCGGGGGAGCCGGACCGGGCGCAGGGGAGGGGUGCCCGGGACCCCCGGGUCCUCGGAUGCAGAAGGGGAUGCAGCGGGCCGGGGCUGGAGCACGCAGGGGCGGGAGAGGACGGCAGUGAGGAGGGGCGCCCCGGGAGAGUGGAUCGGGGACCCAGUGAGGGCCGCCCCCCAGGCCUGGUGGCGCUGAGCAGGGACCCCCAGCCCCCACCGCCUGCCCCACGACAUGAACCUCCUGUACCGGAAAACCAAGCUGGAGUGGAGGCAGCAUAGGGAAGACGAGGCCAAGAGGAGCUCCGGUAAGGAGGUGCCCCCGGCAGGCCCGCCCGGGCCUGGGGCCGGCGCGGGGCCCGCUGUCCGAGCCCGGGACAUCGCCUCCCUGCGCCGCUCGCUCAGGAUGGGCUUCAUGACCAUGCCCGCGUCCCAGGAGCACACACCGCACCCCUGCCGCAGCGCCAUGGCCCCGCGCUCCCUGUCCUGCCACUCGGUGGGCAGCAUGGACGCUGUGGGCGGUGGGCACGGGGGCGGCAGCGUGGGCCUGGCGGAGGACAGCAGCACCCGCAGGCCCCCCACCAAGCCCCGCAGACACCCCAGCACCAAGCUCAGCAUGACGGGGCCGUCGGGGGCAGAGACGCCGCCCAGCAAGAAAGCAGGUACCCAGAAGCCGCCCCCCGAAGCCCGUGACCGCGAGUCUAGCCGGAAGGUUCCUCCGCAGAAACCCAGGCGGAGCCCCAACACGCAGCUGUCGGUCUCCCUCGACGAGCCCGGCCCCCCGGCCCCCUCCUCUCGAGGGCCGAACCUGCCCCUCCAGCGCCUCAGCAGAGGGUCUUGCCUGGGCGGGGACCCCGAGGUGGGUGCCCAGGACGAGGAACCCGUGUACAUCGAGAUGGUGGGGGACGUCUUCCGGGGAGGAGGGCGAAGUUCGGGGGGCCUGGCUGGACCCCCUCUGGGGGCCGGGGGACCCACCCCUCCCGCCGGCGCCGACUCGGACUCGGAGGAGAGUGAGGCCAUCUAUGAGGAGAUGAAGUACCCCCUGGCUGAGGAGGCCGGGGAAGGCCGGGCCGCCGGUGUCCCGCCCCUGACGGUCACCCCCUCGCCACACCAGCCCCCCGCCCUGCACCCGCACGCCCACCGCCGGCCAGCUUCAGCCCUCCCAAGCCGGAGGGAUGGGACGCCCACCAAGACCACGCCGUGCGAGAUCCCCCCGCCGUUCCCCAACUUGCUCCAACACCGGCCCCCACUCCUGGCCUUCCCCCAAGCCAAGUCCGCUUCCCGCACCCCGGGCGACGGGGUCUCGCGGCUCCCCGUGCUCUGCCACGCCAAGGAGCCAGCGGGCACCUCCCCGGCUCCCCAAGUGCCUACCCGGGAGCGGGAGACGCCUCCCCCGCCGCCACCCGCCGCCAGCCUGCUGCUGCUGGGACCCUCGGGCCGGGCCCGGAGCCACUCGACGCCCUUGCCACCCCAGGGCUCUGGCCAGCCCCGGGGACAGCGCGAGCUCCCCAACUCCCACAGCAUGAUCUACCCCAAGGCAGCGGGGGCGCCGGCAGCCCCCACUGCCCCGGCCGCCUUGCUGCCCGCCGCCCCCAAGGACAAGGCCGUGUCGUACACCAUGGUCUACUCCGCCGUCAAGGUGACCACCCACUCCGUGCUGCCUGCUGGCCUGCCCCUGGGCGCCGGGGAACCCAAGACAGAGGAGAUGGCCAUGCUCCAUAGUGUGCUGUGUGCCAGUGCCAGGCCCCCCGUGCCCGGAAAGUCCAGCCCCCACGGGGGGGCCCUCCAUCACCGCGCCUGCCUGGCCUCCCCCCACAGCCUCCCGGACCCCACGGCCGGCCCCCUCACUCCCCUCUGGACCUACCCAGCUGCAGCUGCUGGGCUCAAGAGACCCCCUGCCUACGAGAGCCUCAAGGCCGGGGGGGUGCUGAACAAGGGCUGUGGCCUGGGGGCCCCGUCCCCCAUGGUCAACAUCCAGCUGCAGGAGCCAGGGACCGAUGGGGGUGCCUUUGCUAGCAUCUCCUGCGCCCACGUCAUCGCCAGCGCGGCCACCCCGGAGGAGGAAGAGGUGGGAGCCGCGGCAUUUGGGGCCGGCUGGGCACUGCAGCGGAAGGUCCUGUACGGAGGGCGCAAGACGAAAGAGCUGGACAAGGCGGAAGACAGUGCCCGGGCCUGGAACGGCAGCACCGAGGGACCCGGCAAGGCAGAGCAGGAAGAUCGGGGCGCCUUGGCAUCGGGGAUCCCCGUGAGGAGCCAGGGAGCUGAGGGCCUGCUGGCCAGGAUCCACCACGGAACAGAGCGCGGGGGCAGCCGCACAGCACUGCCGGUUCCCUGCCGGACUUUCCCCGCCUGCCACCGCAACGGAGACUUCACGGGAGGUUACCGCCUGGGGCGCUCCGCCUCCACCUCUGGCGUCCGGCAGGCCGCACUCCACACACCCCGACCCUGCAGCCAGCCCAGGGACCCCCCGAGCCAGACCCACCCCGCACUGCCGCUGCCGCUACCCCUGGCGCCCCCGCCGGCCCGCGAGCGCGACGGGAAGCUGCUGGAGGUGAUCGAGCGCAAGCGCUGCGUGUGCAAGGAGAUCAAGGCGCGCCAGCGGCCCGAGCGCGGCCUGUGCAAGCAGGAGAGCAUGCCCAUCCUCCCCAGCUGGCGGCGCGGGCCCGAGCCCCGCAAGUCGGGCACCCCGCCCUGCCGCCGGCAGCACACGGUCCUCUGGGACACUGCCAUCUGACGCGCUGGCCCUGCUGGAGGGACCUUCGAAGGACCGGGGUGGGAGGACCGCAGCCCUGCGCCCCGGGGUGCCAGGUGCAGCCCCGGACGUGAGGG